AUGAUUGAUCACGUGAUCACUCGAGGAAAAGAGAGCAGAAGUCGAGAAUCGAACCCUGGAACAUUAGAAUUGGAAGCAAUGCGAGAAAAUGAGACGGAUAACAAGGAAAGUAACCCAGAAAAGGAAAACGAAUGUAAACUGAUUCAGAAUGACUGGCAUUCUCUGGCGAAGCUGAUUGACAAGGCAAUGAGUCACGAUAGAAACUGCACUCGUCCUCUGUAUGGAGGAGAACAUUGCACCGGCCAUCAGAGCGAAACCUUCGAGAAGGGUCCCGAGUAUCUGACAGAAGAAGCGUGGGACCCACCUCAAGCACGCGCAAUUUGCGGACAGCGCGGAAUGACGGUGUUCACGGCGUUUCACUGGCUCUACGAGAACCGGAUGCCUCAUUGGCAGGGUACAAUCAUCUGGACGGGGAUGGAGCAGUUCGGAGGGGGUGAUGCAAAGGAUCCAACAGGCAGUCAGCAUGUGUCGCCCAACUGUAGGGCAUUGUGGGCAGCACAAGAGCCCAGCAACUACUUCGAAACGGAUGUAGUGCUGAGGCUGAGCAGUGAUGAUAGCAGAGGACUGCUGGACUUUGGCAUCAAAUUCUCCCCCCUCAAAGUGGUGUGUGACAAGUGGAGCCUGGAAACUGCCUCCGUACAAACUUGUGACCACCCCUACUUCUCCCUCGUGUAGCAGUCAAAACGAAUGACACCUGCCCGAUGGCCAACUGCGAACUUUUUUAUAUAUCCAUGUUAUUUAUGAAGCAUGUUGUA